UCAUAAUGGUGUGAUCAAGCGAAUCGAUCGUGUGAUUGCAAAUUACCUCACCGGUUGUUUGAAUCCAAGUUUCUUCAGGUUUCUUUUCGUUACUUUUUGGUUAAAAUGGAUGUCGAAAAGUUAAGAAGAGACCUCAAAGAAAGCAAUCAAGACCAUUUGCUGCAGCACUGGGACUCACUAGAUGAAGAAGAACAAGCAAAGUUCUUCAAAGAUCUCAGAAACAUCGACUAUGCCAAAAUCAACCGGUCGUUUGACAAGACGAUGAACGAAGCUAAAUCAAGUGAAAAGAAAGACGAAAACCUACAGCCGGUUCCUCCGGAGAAAGUGGGCAGCGUCAUCGGAGCAGAAAACCAAAAGAAAGUCGACAGUUGGAGAGACAGAGGUCUUCAAGUGAUCAGCGAAGGUAAAGUCGCCGUGCUGCUUCUUGCUGGUGGACAAGGCACCCGGUUAGGAGUUUCAUAUCCGAAGGGAAUGUACGAUGUCGGUUUACCUUCAGGGAAAACCCUUUAUCAACUACAGGCAGAGAGAAUCUUAAAGUUACAAGAGCUGGCUUACAAACAUGCUGGAAAUAAGUCGACGAUUCCCUGGUACAUUAUGACCAGUGAGCACACAAUGGAUGAAACCAAAAGAUUCUUUGAGAAACAUAAUUACUUUGGGUUACACAGAGAUGACGUACUAUUUUUUGAGCAGCACACCCUCCCAUGUCUAACAAUGGAGGGAAAAAUUAUUCUUGAUCAACCAGGUAAAGUUGCUCGAGCGCCUGGAGGAAAUGGUGGCUUGUAUGAAGCUCUAGGUGAUGACAACCUUGUUAACAUUAGUACCAUGAGGAAACGUGGAAUUGAGUAUGUUCAUGUGUACUGUGUGGACAACAUUCUGGUCAAGAUGGCAGAUCCUGUGUUUAUAGGAUUCUGUAUUGAUAAAGCAGCAGAAUGUGGAGCUAAGGUUGUAGAGAAAACCUUGCCAGAGGAGAAAGUUGGAGUUGUGGUUAAAUGUGAUGGCAAAUACCAGGUUGCUGAGUACAGUGAGGUAUCAAAAGAACUUCAGGCGAUGAAAGACCCACUCAGCAAUGAUAAGCUCUUAUUUAGAGCUGGAAACAUAUGCAAUCAUUUCUUCACAGUGGACUUCUUGGAGAAAAUUGUAACGGAGCAUGAAAGUUCACUGAGGUUCCAUAUUGCCAAAAAGAAGAUCCCAUUUGUUGAUGAAAGUGGGAAGAGAAUCAUCCCAACAGCACCCAAUGGAAUUAAGUUGGAGAAGUUUGUCUUUGAUGUGUUUGAGUUUUCAGAAAAAUUAGCUGUUUUGGAAGUUGCCCGAGAAGAUGAUUUUUCCCCACUCAAAAAUGCCAGAGGUUCGCCAUCUGAAAGUCCAGAAACAGCACAAAGGGAUUUGAUGAAUUUACAUUAUAGAUACAUAAUCAAAGCUGGUGGUAAAUUCAUAAACACCAAUGGGAGGACCUCUGUAGUUUGUGAAAUUUCCCCUCUACUUUCCUAUGCUGGAGAGGGAUUAGAAGAUGAGGUCAAGGGCAAGGAGUUUUCAGCCACAGAGAAGAUUUAUCUUAUGGCUGACGAAGAAGAGAAAAAUACUGAACCAGCUCAUAAGAAAAGCAGAGAGUGCUGAUUGCAUUCUUGGUGAUGAAGUAAUUAGAGUCAGAAUCUAUUGAUACAGACACUAGCUUAUGCAAGUACAUGAUGAUUAAUCUAUUUUGUAUGUUGCACUCUCAAGCAUGAAAAUAUAGGACGAUACAAGAACUGAAAAAAAAAUAAUAAUAAGCUGCUGGUCUGGGUUAUUCAAAAGGUGGAUAAUGCUAUCCAGCGGAUAAAUCACAAUCCAGCAGAUAGUGUGACCAAUUAGAGCUCACUGUCCCAAAAUGAUCCCAGAGGACCUGGUGUUGUCAAGGCUAAUGUUCAGAACCUAGAGUGUGGAUUUUGAAUUGUUUUCUCAUUAUUGUGUCAUAAUCAAUUGCUUUAGGUAGUUCAUGAGAUUAAAGGUUUUGAUCACUUGAUAGCGCAGUCAAAGUCUCUAUGUAAUACAAAAUUAUCCCAAAAAGUAUUGAAAAUUGUAUGGAAUGCAGUGGGGGAAUUUUUGUGUUGCUUACGGGAACAAGAUGCAACUCAGGUCUCUAUACUGUACAUGUAAAAUUGCAUUUGUUGAUGAGAAAAACGUUUACUUGUGAACAGUCCAAGUUAGGUUUGUAGCCUCAUACCUGUUUCCUGCCAACAAUAGUUUGACUGUUCUUAAUUAAUCAAUUUUUGCUUUUCAUUUUUUAUAGUGAUGUGAUUAGUUAUUUAAUAAAGUAGAUGUAGAUAAGAAAGAUUAAAAGUAUUGUUAACCGGCGGUUAUCAAUACUUUUAAUCUUUCUUGUCAAGUGCUUUAAUAAGCAUCUCAUUAUUCGAUCUCUUAGAUGUAGAUAACCUUUGUAGCAGUCUUUUCCAUCUCAAGCGUGCGAGAAACAAAAGGGAGGCACGCAGAGGAACACAAAGGGUUGGACGCAAAAUUGUCCAAAGCAAAUAGGAAAGGGGGGGGGGGGCAAGGAAGGGCCCUCCCCUCCCCUUCUUAUGUCUUUUUUGUUACGCCUUUGCGUGCUUCUCAAGCUUUGGUUCACCUCGUGCGCUUGGGAAGGAAAUCACUGGCAUGCAGACUAAGAUAAAGUUGAAUUAAGUAGUGAAAGAACAAAUAUAGAGUAAUAAUGGGAAAAGCUAAAAGCAAAGUGGAUGAAAGUUGGAUGAUAGGAAUGAUAAUUUACUAGGAAUAGUAAUAAUACCAUUUACUAGGAAUGAUAAUGAUAAUGAUUUGGCGAAUGAUACUGAUAAUAUAUCUUAAACAAAUAACUUCCUCAGCAAAUGAAUAUACAGUCGUUACAAGGACGGUAAAGCGGUUUUCACAUUGGUGUCCAUUUGAUACUACGCUAAGAGAUUGGGUUAAAAAGUCGUCACCAUUUUGUCAUCCAAUUAGAAGGAAAACCAAAACCAAUUGUGACUAAUUUGCACAUGUUUUCCCGAGCUGUGCGUCAGCUACAUGCAUUUGCUCGGAGUUUUGAUCGGUUGAACAGGUUGUGUGUGUCCUUUGUGAUUGGCCAGGACAAUCGCUUUUGGUUUUGGUUUUGCGACACUCAGUUGAAAAGCCCUCUAAUAGGCAAGGCAAUUUCUCUUGGUUUGGUUUUGGCUUUACUACAGUCUGAGAUUGGCUGAGUAUUCCAAUUGGUAAGUAAUUGGUUUGGUUUUGGUUUUACGCCACUCGAUAGAAAAACGCUCUCGAGCUCGGUUUUCAUUUGAGUGUCGAAAAGUAAGAGGUUUUUAUUUACUACGCUACAUGCUUGAAGUAAAAAAACUCACGCCACUUUUUCAUCCAAUCAGAAGUAAAACCAAAACCACUUAUGACUUGCUCCUACUCGUUUUCACGCGUUUUGCGUCAGCUGCAUUUAUAUUACCUCGAGUUUUGAUUGCUUUAUUGUAUUUUCUGUGUCUUUUGGUAUUGGCAAGAGUGAUUACUUUGGUUUUGGUUUUGCGACACUCAGUUGAAAACAGCUCUAUCACCAAGCACUGGGAAUCUAAUUUAAUUUAACUUAAUUUAAUGUAUUCUUAGACUAAUCAUAGAUAUAUUUUUGAAACUCUCGACUCUCGCAUGAUUAGGUUUUACAUUUGAACGAGUGAUAUUUUGUAAAGAAUGAAUGUUAGAAAUUUCGAUUAGAUUAGUAAUAGAUAUUAGUGACAAGCUUUUUUCAAAUAAGGUAAUUUAUUGUUUGGAUUGCUGUACGAAUAGGAUAGGUAGGUUUAUCUUAUUAGGACUCGAAAUCUUGUUCGUUGCUUGUGCGAAUAGACAUUUGUGUUUUCUUACCGGUAAUAAAAAGGCAAAAUUUGGCUUUC